AUGUAUUUAGAUAAUGAAUGGCUUGAUCCUCUACCAAUAUACUGCUUUUUAAUUGAGCAUCCCGAAGGUUAUUACUUAGUUGAUACAGGUGAUGCAUGGAGAAGUGCCUUUCCAGGAUAUCUCACAUGGUGGAACUUUAUUCUGCGCUCUGUUGUUGAAUAUCAGAUAGCACCAGAAGAAGAAAUAGGAUUUCAGCUAUCGAAAUUGGGCAUAAAUACUAAUGAAGAUAUCAAAGCGGUAAUUUUAUCCCAUUUUCACCUGGACCAUGCAGGCGGCCUUGUCCAUUUUCCACAUAAUCGUAUUUUGGCAACGAAAGUGAACUACAAUGAUGCUCUUGGGUUGAAAGGUAAAUUUUAUGGUUAUUUGCCCCAGUGGUUUCCUUUCUGGUUUAGGCCAGAGUUUAUUGAAUUCAAAGAUGAAGCAAUUGGACCUUUUGAUUCAUCAUACUACGUGACUAAGGAUCAGCGUGUUAUUAUUGUUCCUACUCCAGGUCAUACAGAUGGUCAUGUUUCCGUUAUCGUUCGAGAUGACGACAUAUCUUAUUUUAUCACUGGUGAUGCUGUAUAUAGCGAACAAAGUUUGAAGAAUGGGAUAAUUGAUAGUAUGACCAUUGACCCCGAGAUGACUAUGAAGACCUUGAAGAAGAUUCAAGAGUUUUCUCUUUCUGAGCCCACUGUAGUCUUACCCUCCCAUGACUCUGACGUUCCAUCCAGAUUAAAAAAUAAGGUGAAGUUUUCAAUGGACUCAUAG